UACGAGGAAGAUCUCGAAGACGGUGAUUCGCGAAGGAAAAGAUUCGACACGAAUUUCAGAUGAAUUCGAUCCACGAUGCCCGCAUUCUUUCGCUCUUGCCCUUGUUCCUGGUCCUCUUGACGUGCCACGGAUCCACCGGAAGAGGACCGGGACGAGAGGAUUUGUUCGAGUUGUCGGUGAUACAUCUGAACGAUUUCCACGCAAGGUUCGAGCAAACCAAUUCUCGAUCCGGAACGUGUCAAGAGGGGGAGGAGAAGAGUUGCGUGGGUGGAAUAGCGAGAAUUUCCACGGCUGUGAAUCGGUUGUUGAAGGAGAGGCCGAACGCGAUUUUCCUUAAUGCUGGGGACCAUUAUCAGGGUACUCUGUGGUACACCGUUCAUCGUUGGAACGUGACGGCAACCUUCAUGAACAUGCUGCCCCACGACGCCAUGACGAUAGGGAACCACGAAUUCGAUAAUAACGUGGAGGGUGUGGUUCCAUUUUUGAAAAUGGUCAAGGCACCCGUGGUGGUGACCAAUAUCGACGCGCACGAGGAACCAACGAUGCAGGGCCUGUACAAGAACAGCACGAUCAUCGAGAGAAAUGGGACGAAGAUCGGGGUGAUCGGCGUUAUUCUCUCAACCACAAACAAAAUCGCCACUACCGGGAAAUUAAAGUUCCUGGACGAGGUGGAAACGGUGAACGAGGAGGCGCGGAGAUUGAAAUCCCAAGGGGUCGAUAUUAUCAUCGUUCUAAGUCAUUGCGGGUUGGACGUGGACAGAAUAAUGGCCGCCAAGUGUCCUUUAAUCGACCUCGUUGUCGGCGGUCACUCCCACACCUUUCUUUACACGGGACCGCCCCCGUUCAUCGAUAAACCUGCGGACAAAUAUCCGGUUGAGGUGGUCCAGGAGGGGAGCAACAGAACGGUGUUGAUCGUUCAAGCGGCGGCCUUCACAAAAUACUUGGGAAACUUGACGGUGUGGUUCGACGGGGAAGGCGAGGUGGUCGAUUGGGACGGAAAUCCGAUUCUCCUCGACAAGUCGAUCGAGCAAGAUCCCGAGAUGGUGAAGGCUUUGCAACCGUGGAAGGUGGCCGUGGACGAGCAAGCGAACGUGAAGAUUGCCAAAUCGAGGGUGUAUCUGGACAACGAAUGUUGGAAGAAGGAGUGCAACUUUGGAAAUUUGAUCACGGACGCUAUGGUAGACUCCUACGUGGAUAAAGCGGAGAAUAAAACCGUUUGGACUUAUGCCGCGGUCGGCGUUAUGAAUACAGGAGGGAUACGCAUUCCCAUCGACUCGGCAGGCAGAGAUAUUACGUAUUCCGAUCUGUUGAUGGCUCAACCUUUCGAGAACACGUGGGACAUUCUCGAGUUGAACGGCAGCUGCAUCUUGCAGAUCUUAAACAUGAAAGAAAAGCUGGCAUGGUCGGGGUUAAAAGUGAUUUACACCGGUAGCAGCAAGAUCGUGAAAGAGGUUAAAAUAAGAUGCCGAGCUUGCGAGGUGCCGAAAUUCGAGGACUUGAAGCAGGACGAAUGGUACAGAGUCGUGGUGCCAACGUUUCUCGUCGGAGCAGGAGACGGAUUCGUUCCCUUCAAAAGCUGCGGCAAGAAUCACGAGGUCGGAUACUUGGACUGGGAACAAUUGGCCAAAUACAUGAAGAAGCUCAGCCCGAUACUAGUCGGGGAGGAUCGUCGGGCGAUCUUUUUAAACGAAAAUGAUCUCGACGAAGAAUGAUUUAUUGAGAAUAUUUUUAUAAUUAUAUCGCGCUUGAUUUUUAUAGAACAACGAGUGAGAUUGAUCGAGAUUUAUUUGAAAUAAAUGUACCGUGCGUUUCGUAAU